UAAAAAAAAUUUAAAAAAAUGUUAAGAGUUUUAGUUAAUUCUUGGAAACCUUUAAAAUCAAUGACAGUUUUUAAGUACUUAUGAUUUGUGAAUGUUAUCUAAUUUAUGAGUGUUAUCGAAUUUACUACACAGAUGUUUUUUUGAAAAUCUAUUAAUGAAUUCGUGUUGUUAUUCCAAUUGCGAUAUUUCAAAGAAUAGAGCCUAAUCGGGUGCUAUUGCUAAAUGAGAUAAAUGUAUUUUUUAAUAAAAUCAUAUAGUAUAUAAGAGUAACUACAAGGUAAGACAAUCAUAAUUCACUAGUUUUACUAAAUUUUCCUGUAAGAUGAAACACAUUUUGUUUGUUCUUGUGGUGGUGGCCAGCAGUACGGCCAUGUCAAGGCCUAACAGCAAUCUUCAACAUGAUCUUGAAGACAUUGUUGCGACCAUUCCAAUGUCUGACAUCGGAUCUAUUGUUCGCAAAAAUGUCGAAAAAGAUGGCGAAUUUCUGAAAGUCCUCAAAUAUAUGCAAGGAGAUGAAUUAAGCCAUCUUGUCGAUACCGUUUCCAACAACCCUAUAUGGCAAGCAUUCAAACUUUACAUGGAAGGCGUUGGAAUUAACAUUGAUGGUGUUAUACAACAUCUCUUCGAUCUCAUCGUUAGUAUUGAUAUUCCCAGAAACUCCAAAGUCAGAGAAUUUUCCGAUGAAGAUUUACAAAUUGUUGAUCUAUCAGCUACCCUUACUUGCUUAAUCGAAAAGCUAAGUGCUAGCCCUAGCUUUCAAGAUUUCUUGAAAAAAAUUACCAGCGAUAAAGUUCGUGUUAUGGUAGCAAAAAUACGUGCAUUGGAUGAAGUUCAACGCAUUGUGGAAGAUUUUCGUCAAAUAGGAAUCGAUUUUGGCAAAGUGAUCGAUUUGAUUUACGGCCUUUUGGGAUGGACUAGGAAAAUAGUAAAUAGAGAUUAUCGAUCUGAGAUCCAAAACGCAAUAUUAUCUAAAAGUGCUAUUAAUUACAUAAAUACUGAAAACGCUACCGAAUUCUUAGAAAUUCUCAAGUAUUUGCAAGGAAACGAAUUUAAAAGUUUUCUUGAACGCUCAAAUUUGUUGCAAAGGUGGAAAUUUUGUAUACAUUUGUGGGUUAUUAAUUUCUGUAUUGGAAGUUGAACGUAAAGAUAUUAAGAUAAAGAUUUAUUUCACAAUUUUUUGUAUAUUUCUGCACAUACUUUACCCUCAUGGUAGAGUUAGAGAAGAAGUCGUUUUAAGUAUUUAUUGUUAAUUAUUAUAUAUUAUAAUUCUACGGAAAUAAAUGGUUUAUUUUCUAUGUUAA